UUCCUGGGGCCGCGCGUCCAGUGAGCUGCGCGGUCCGUCCGUCCGUCCGCCCGCAGGCACUGCUGGAGUCGACGCCCUCAGGAUGCUCCCUUUUGCCUCCUGCCUCCCCGGGUCUUUGCUGCUCUGGGCGUUUCUGCUGUUGCUCUUGGGAGCAGCUUCCCCACAGGAUCCCGAGGAGCCGGACAGCUACACGGAAUGCACAGAUGGCUAUGAGUGGGAUGCAGACAGCCAGCACUGCCGGGAUGUCAAUGAGUGCCUGACCAUCCCCGAGGCGUGCAAGGGUGAGAUGAAAUGCAUCAACCACUACGGGGGCUAUUUGUGUCUGCCUCGCUCUGCUGCCGUCAUCAAUGAUCUGCGCGGUGAAGGACCUCCACCGCCAGCAGCCAAUGCUCAGCACCCAAAUCCUUGCCCGCAGGGCUAUGAGCCCGAUGAACAGGAGAGCUGUGUGGAUGUGGACGAGUGUACCCAGGCUUUGCAUGACUGUCGUCCUAGCCAGGACUGCCAUAACCUUCCUGGCUCCUACCAGUGCACAUGCCCUGAUGGUUACCGAAAAAUUGGACCCGAAUGUGUGGACAUAGAUGAGUGUCGCUACCGCUAUUGCCAGCACCGAUGUGUGAACCUGCCAGGCUCUUUUCGAUGCCAGUGUGAGCCAGGCUUCCAGUUGGGACCUAACAACCGCUCUUGUGUGGAUGUGAAUGAGUGUGACAUGGGAGCCCCAUGUGAGCAGCGCUGUUUCAACUCCUAUGGGACCUUCCUGUGUCGCUGUAACCAGGGCUAUGAGCUGCACCGGGAUGGUUUCUCCUGCAGUGAUAUCGAUGAGUGCAGCUACUCCAGCUACCUCUGCCAAUACCGCUGUGUCAAUGAGCCGGGCCGCUUCUCCUGUCACUGCCCACAAGGCUACCAGCUGCUGGCUACAAGGCUCUGCCAAGAUAUCGACGAGUGUGAAACAGGUGCACACCAAUGUUCUGAGGCCCAAACCUGUGUCAACUUCCACGGGGGUUACCGCUGUGUGGACACCAACCGUUGUGUGGAGCCCUAUGUCCAAGUGUCAGACAACCGCUGCCUCUGCCCUGCCUCCAAUCCCCUUUGUCGAGAGCAGCCUUCAUCCAUUGUGCACCGCUACAUGAGCAUCACCUCAGAGCGAAGUGUGCCUGCUGACGUGUUUCAGAUCCAGGCAACCUCUGUCUACCCUGGUGCUUACAAUGCCUUUCAGAUCCGUUCUGGAAACACACAGGGGGACUUCUACAUUAGGCAAAUCAACAAUGUCAGUGCCAUGCUGGUCCUUGCCAGGCCAGUGACGGGACCCCGGGAGUACGUGCUGGACCUGGAGAUGGUCACCAUGAAUUCCCUUAUGAGCUACCGGGCCAGUUCUGUACUGAGACUCACCGUCUUUGUGGGAGCCUAUACCUUCUGAAGACGACCCUCAGGGAAGGGUCGUGUGGGGGCCCCCUUCCCCCCUCCCAUAGCUUAAGGAGCCCUGGGGGCUUAGGGAUAACUGUUCUGCUUAAAGGGACUAUGAUGUGAAGGACAAUAAAGGGAGAAAGAAGGAGUCCUGGCUGAGGUGGGUGAGUAACCUCAGCCUGGGAAGGGGCUAGCCUGAGAGAGAGGUGGGUGAAUUCCACACAAGGGGUCCUCUUCAAUCAGGCUGAGGUUUCAGAGCUGAAGUCAUCCUUCAGAAGUGGCCUGAGCAGGGAGUUCUGAAGAGUAUGUACCUCAGGUCCUAACUCAAGAACUUGGCUGAUACUGGGCCCAGGAACCAUGUUCCGGUCAGUGCUAGGAGUUUGGGGUUAGCAUCCUAGCCCUCACCCAAGCUAUGCAUUUGCACAAACCCCUGGUUUCCAGUCACUAAAGUGAGGCAGCUGGAUUGAGAACACUGUUCUCAAAGAAACUUAUUGACCAGGGGCCAUCUAAUUACACUCAAAGAUACAGUGCCUUAUUGACUCCAUCUCUCUGACCAGGCCAUUCCCAGCCCCUAAGGAGUGUUUAUCUAUUAUCCAUCCAUCCAUAUUUAGGGUCUGGCUCGAUAUAAGUUAAGUGCUUAUUAAACAUGGGUGUGCACAACCAUGUUUAGCCCAGGAGCUUGCCUUAAAAAGGCCCACACCUUUAAUUUCAGGUCUUGGAAGGUAGGCCCAGAAAAACUGGGAGUUCUAGGCUAGACUGGGUUACAGAG